AUGCAGAAGGAACAACUGGAAACCAUGAAGACGGUGUUGCAGCAGUUUAUUGAUUACAUGGAAGAGAAGAAGCAUAUGAUGGAUGCCAUAGGUGCAAAUUGUCACAAUUCUGGUUGGAAUGAUAUAACAGACGACGGCACCUUGUUCACGCAACAAACAGUAGCAGACGUCAUACGGUGCAAACUCAUGACAGCAGCAUUGUGGUUUGCGAACGGUGAUAACACACAACAGAAGAAGGCGAACGGGCCAAGUACAGAUAUGAAUGAAAUGGAAAAGCAGCUGCGAUGCGAGCUAGCCAAUGCAUUUGGGUAUAUACUGCACCACAAGUAUUGUGAACCUAGACCAGGAUUUAAGAGGGGAAUAGAGUACGCCUGGAAAACAAUGAUAGAAAUGGGUUCAAGUAAAUAUGCACCGGAGCAACCAAUGACAGGUCCAGUCUUUGAGCGAAGGUGCACAGAAUGUGGGUAUAAUGUUACAAACGCUACAUUUAGAGCAGUAAAUGGGGACAUUGCAGAACUGUUAAUAACACAGGGGAAAAUAAUGGACACAAUAGGGCACAUAGAGAAGACAGUGGACUGUAGUAUGAAGUGGGACGUUUAUGUAAAACAAAAGAAGAAGGACCUUGGCACUGAAGACCUGGACACAAAAACCAUCCCUGAAAUAACACAGGAGGCACAGAACAUAGUGGAGGAAGCCACAAGGGUAAUUGAGUUAGCAAAGGAAGAAGUAGAAAAGGAAAUUGAAAAACAGAAAGGCAAGAACCCACAACCUCCUCCACAAGACGGUGGAACAUCAGCGGAAACACCAAAGGAACCACCGGCCGCAGCAGCAACAUCAGGAGUAGGCCAAGGACCGGGUCCAGGAUCAGGCUCGACGGCACAACAACCCCCACCACCAGCACAGCCGCCUCAGGAGAAGACUUCUGCGGACGACCACAAGGGGAAGAAAGCAGACAAAGCAGGUAAGUGCACAGAGAGUUCCACCAGUACGAAUACGAACGGAUCCGGCGUUAGCAUAAGCCUCGGGUGCACUGCAGAUUCCGCGUUGGGCGUUCCCGACAGUACACUCCACAGUCCAUCGGAUGCUGCACCAGGCGAUGCCGUCGUCACUGGCGGCAACGAUGACCCCCCUCCUCUCAAUCCACCCAAACCUAAACCGAACCCGAACCCAAAUCAAUCGGGUAGUAGUGGCAGUUUCAGUGACGCCGACUUGGCGGAUGGAGUUUCUGGUGGGGAAGGAACAGAAGGUGGGGGUGGUCAAAAGGAUGCUGGAAGGGCCGGUAGCGGAAGUCCAGGAGGAGGAGGUCGUAGUGGUGGUGGUGGUACAAGUGGUGCAGGACAAGGCGGUAGUGGUACUGAUGGUGCAGGGGCCGCGUCUACCCCUGCCACCCCUUCCCUUUUCCCGGAAUUAAAAUGGGAGGAUGUCAAGCCGUACACCCCCGCGAUCAUUCCCGCAGUGGUUGGUAUUGGGGUCAUUGCGUUCUUCCUCUGGAAGUACUUUGCGCACCUCGGCCACAAACGACGACGAACGUAUCGAACCGUUCGUGACGUGCCGUCACCGCCACUCGACGAAGACAUAUUGCAACAUCUACAACGCGGCGAACUGCCGCCACCCGAUUACGGGUACAACAUGAUUAGGGAUAGGCAACCUGCGUCAACAUCCGCCCGCCGACGGCGCCCACCACGAGUGCAUAAGCGCACGAUCAUCGAGCUACAUCUAGAGGUGCUCAACGAAUGUGAAGCGACCGAAUGGGAAAAUGUCAAAGAGGACUAUUUGCAAAUACUCGUUGAAGCGUUUGCUCGCGCCUUGGAGCGUGAUGCAAACGGGCAUAGUAGUUUCCCGAAUGCUCCUAGCACAAACCAGGGUCUGCCAGGGACCAAUGUUACAUUCACCAUGGAUCCACCCACUGACGCCGACGGAACGGAUGCAUGUCCACCACACGACCCCGAUCCAUGGAGUUGUAUGGAAAACAUACAGUUAGCAACGCAUCCUUGUGCACCCAAUGAAGACGACCCAGAUCCAUGCAGUGCUAUGGAAACUAUACCGUUAGCAACGUGCCCUUCUGCAUCUAACGAAGAGGACCGAUGGAAUUGUAUGGAAACUAUACCGUUAGCAACGGAACCUUGUGCACCUAAUGCUGAUGACCCCGAUCCAUGGAGUUGUAUGGAAACCAUACAGUUAGAAGAAGAGGGGACUCCUGCUCCCUUUCCAUCCUCUUCCGACCCCGGUGACGCGACGUCCGCCUGCACCCACUGGAUUAACUGGAUUGAUCGCCACAAACAUAUGUUGCGCGCGUGCACGCGGCAAACGUGGUUUAAUGCCCUCAAAUUGGACUGGAAACAAUUCCUGCGUGAGCACAUGGUGCCAAACGGAGCAUCCGGUGAGCACAGGAAAGCCGCAUCUAUGGAGAGCAAGAAGCACGCAUGGAAAGAAUGGGUUGGAAAGCAACAUGCGCUUAUGCAUAUAUAUAGUGCGCAGGAGUGGUUUAAGCAUUUAUUAGAAACUAUAGAGCACGAGACAGAAUCGCAAAAAGGCGAAGUACCUGGAGUUGAAACAGACUUAGAACUGGAAAAAGUACCGGCCGCAGAAGAUAUGCUACGAGUGAGAGAUGUACCGCGGUCGCAACCACUCCAUGAGCACUACUACCAGCAGAAACACUUAAUUUCCAAAUUGUGGAUACUCAUCCUGGCAUUAGUCAUACAACAGUGCGAGCUCGAAUGUCGUUUGCAGGAGAAGGAGUUAUAUGUGGAUGAUCUAUUGCACAAGCUCUGCAACUAG